AUGGAGCUCCCGGGGGGGCUCCUGCUGCUGCUGCUGCUGCCGGGGGGGGCCAGGGCAGUGUCCUGCGAGUCCCACGCGUCCUGCGCCGCCUGCGUCCGCGCCCACCCGAGCUGCGCCUGGUGCGAGGACCCGGGCUUCCCGGGGGGGGCCGAGGCUGCUGCCCCUCGCUGUGCCCCGCGGGAGCUGCUGCAGCUCGCAGGGUGCCCGCCCCAGGCCGUGGUGCAGCCCCAGGGCAGCGUCAGGAUGCUGCAGGAUGAGGAGCUGGGGGCUGGGGGGGGCCCGGGGGGGGCUGCACCCACCCAGCUGAGGCCCCAGAAGGUGCAGGUCCUGCUGAGGCCUGGGGAGGAGCAGAGCUUCCAGGUGAGGUUCCGCAGGCUCCAGGGGCACCCUGUGGACCUCUACUACCUGCUGGACCUCUCCUACUCCAUGAGGGACGACCUGGAGCACCUGCACAGGCUGGGCACAGACCUGCUGGCAGCCCUGGGCAAUGCCACCGCCUCCCUGCGCAUCGGCUUCGGCUCCUUCGUGGACAAGCCUGUGCUGCCCUACGUCAGCACCGUGCCCAGCAGGCUGCGGAACCCCUGCCCGGAGCGGGAGGUGCCCUGCGCCCCCCCCGCAGCCUUCCGCCACCUCCUCUCCCUCACCGCCGACCCGCAGCAGUUCUCCGCUCGGGUCCGUGCCCAGCGCAUCUCUGCCAACCUGGACGCGCCCGAGGGCGGCUUCGAUGCCAUCCUGCAGGUGGCGCUGUGCCAGGAGCUGAUUGGCUGGCGCCCUGCCACCCGCCUGCUGGUCUUCGCCUCCGACGAUGCCUUCCACACGGCAGGGGAUGGCAAGCUGGGGGGCAUCGUCCUGCCCCCCGACAGCCGCUGCCACCUGGAUGCCCAGGGGGUCUAUGCCAGCAGCCACCUCUAC